AUGGUGACUAUAUGGACUCCAAUAUUUCCUCUCUUAUGUUCGUCUACUUGCCUGAUCGGGGUCUUAUCAGGGUAAUGUUUUAAAUAAUUUUUUUAAAUUUUUUAAAAUUUUUUUUUAGCCGUUUUAAGUAGAGUACGGUAGGUCAGAGUACAGUAAGGUACAGUAGAGCAGUGUAUGAUAGGAUGGAAAUUUUUAAAAUUUUUAAAUUUAAAAAAUUUUUGGUUUUUGUAAAUAGAGCAGGGUCGGAUAGGGUAGGGUGGGGUAGAGUAAAAAUUUUAAAAUUAAAAACAAAUAUUUUUAGAUACGCAAUUGCAGCCUCCCUAGACCACGUCCUUCCAUGGCUGCCGAUCAUUAGCGAAGGCGGGGUUUUGAUUCCAGAAAGGGGUGUUUUUGGAACUUUUCUCAAUUUUUCUGGGCUUUUCUGUAAGUUUACUUUCUUUUUAAAAAUAAAAAUAUUUUUUUUAUUUUUUCUUUUUUCUCAAUCUCUCUGCUUUGCUUCGGUGACUUCAGAAAUUGAUCCUUUCAGACUUAAACCCUUUGUGGAGGGGGGAGGGAAGGAAGGGGUAUUUAGGUGAUCUAACAAGGAAAGUACCCGUCCUGCCCCGCUCUGAUUGACUUCAAACUUUUUAUUUAGAUAGAUCUUGUAUAUAUAAGACCUUCGGCAAAAUAUUAAAUCGCUCUUUCCUGUCAAUCUCGACAAAAUCGACAUCAAGAAAUUACGUUAUGAAUUUCCCGCCAAUUUGACAUUGUGUUUCAAGCUUAUAAAUUUGUCAUUUUUUGACUUUUAAUCAUUUUUCUUGGAUAUACUAGUAGAAUACCUUUAAAUGAACUUACAAUUUUAAAUUUGUAAGCCUAGCUUGUUUGAAAAGCCAAAAAAGUGCUUGAAACACAAUGCCAAAUUUGCCAAAUUGGCGGUAAACCAAAAUAAUUCAAGUUUAAAACUCAAAAGUGCGGGCUAAAAUUUUUUGUGGGUACUACUGGUGUACAAGAUAUUCAUAUAAAAAUUUUGAGCUGGUUCUGAGCGAGGCAGGUAGAGUACUUCUUUGUUAAUUCAAGACUGCUCCUACUACAACAUACUCACUUACAGGGUUCUUCAACGGCAUCUGCCUCUACAUUCACAUGAAAGACUAUCUUCAGAAGCACAGCCCAAAGUUAAAGCUACGCUACAUGUUGUAUGUUAUGUUAUUCAUUGUUGUUGAAUCGAGUUUUGGCUUUACGUUUGUGGCCAAUUUCCAAGUACACCAUGGCCUAUUGAUACAUGGGAUUGGUGCGGCAAUGAUGUUCUAUGGUGGUUUGAUCUACUUUGGUUGUUAUGUCGCAUUUUCAUUGAAACAUCGUCUGUAUACGUCGCUUUGUUUGACUGUUGUUCGGCUUGUACUCAUCGUGCCUACAGCUGUUUUUGUUUGUCUACGUAGGUUUGAAGCCUUAUGUAAGGGGGGGGAGAGGAGUUGAUACGGUAAGGGGGGGGAACUUGAAACGAUAAAAGAAGGGGGGGGAAGGGGGGGAGGGGUAGUUGGAAGGGUAGGGGGGAGGGGAGUUAAGACUUACGCUUUAAUGUUUUACAAUUUCAGACAAACUCUUCCUUGACACUCCUGUUAUUGUACCAGCCGUGAAUGGGACGGUUCCUUUUAAACCUCAUAAGAAAGUGGAUGGAAUCGACCGAAUCGCUUUCGGUGAACCAGUAACUCCUUUUUUGUUGAUGUUCAAAUCCUUGUUGAAGUCAUACCUUUGGUUUAAGCCUAAUUUUAAGUUUUAAUGUAAACCUAAGCUUUAACUUAAGCUUGAACCUUAUAAUGCUUUAGCUUGAGCUUGAGAAAGGGUUUGAGCUUAAACUUCAGCUUAAGCUCGAGCCUUAGCCUGAGUUCGGGCUUGAGCCUUAGCCUUGGCCUUAGCCUUAGUUUUAGCCUUAGCCUUAGCCUUAGUUUUAGCCUUAGCCUUAGCCUUAGCCUUAGCCUUAGCUUUAGCCUUAGCCUCAGCCUUAGCUUUUAGCCUUAGCCUUAGCUUUAACCUUAUCUUAGCUUUAACUUUAGUCUUAGCUUGAGCGUGAACUUUGCUUAAGCAUGCGCUUAAACUCAAACCCGAUCUCAAGUCUUAGCCUUAGCCACAGUCUUAAUCCUAGUAUCAAUUUUAGCUCAAGCAUCAGUCGUAGCCUUGCUCUUAGCAUUAGCCUAAGCCUGAAUCUAAGCUUUGAGGCUGAGCCUAAGUCUACGCGUAAAACUAUGCCUUAUUGUUAGCUUCAGUUUUAGUGUAAGCCUGAAAGUUAGCCUACGUCUACGCUCAUUCCUUACUUUGAGCUUAACCUUAAGUCUAAACUUAAGCCUACGGCUAAGCCUAUCUUAAUAUUAAGUCACUUUUUAAUCCAUAUUUUAAAAUUAAACUCUAUCUUAAUGUGCUGUGUCUAAUGCAACUCUUUCAGUGGUGGUACAAUCACUUUAUAUCGGCGUCUUCUGAAUGGAUCGCCACCUUCCUCUUUCUGUUUAUAAUUGCCACUCUUGCAUAUGAUCUACGAGAGAUGUACGUUACAUUCAAUCUUUAUGACCAUGAUCCGAGAAAAGUAAAGAAACGUGCCGAAUCAUCCAUUAUCGACCAAAAUGGAAAAUCGACGGAAAAAGAGGACACAAAGUCAGAAGAGAAGGGCAGCAAGACUUCGUGGGAGACUUCUAACUGA